AUGUUGAUUGCGGCUCAUCUCCGCCAUGGCUUGCGCCUUAUGGUGCCCCUGGCGAUGGCCUGCACCGUCUACCUCUACCUCUACCCCGUCUUCAGCGGAUGUGCCUUUCCCGUCGAGUCGAGGGAUCCCCGAGAGGCCUUUGACGAGCUCAAGAAGCUGCACUGGCCCUUUGCCGGCCACGAUGACGCCGCCGCGCUGCCCACCAAGCUCGCGCCCUUUCGGCUCCUCGCUCUCGGCGACCCUCAGCUCGAAGGUGACACGUCGAUCCCGACGGCCUACCUCGGCGUCAUGCCGCACGUCUGGAGCCUCGCGAGGCACUUGACCUUCCAGACGGAGCUCAUCUCCCUGCGCGAUCGCGUCCGCAUGGUGCUGCACGACGGCAUCGACAUCUUCCUCGAGGACGUGCCGAAUCUGCUGGAGUCGAUCCGCAAGCGCUUCGACCUCCUUGGCAACGACUUCUACCUCGCCCACAUUUACCGAACGCUGCACUGGUGGACGCGCCCGACGCACGUCUCCAUUCUCGGCGACCUUCUCGGGAGCCAGUGGAUCGAGGACGACGAGUUCGACAGAAGGGGUGAGCGCUAUUGGAACCGCACCUUUCGCGGUGGCGAGAGGUUACCCGACGAGGUAGCCCUGUACCCGACCCGCGAGUACAACAUCUCGGGCCGGCUGGACGGCUCGCUCCAUGAGCAGGUCUGGGCUCGGAGGAUACUCAACGUCGCGGGCAACCACGACAUCGGAUACGCCGGAGAUCUCACGCCCGAGCGCCUCGACCGAUUCGAGCGCGUCUUUGGCAAGGCAAACUACGAGCUGCGAUUCGACCUUCCCUUGUCCGAUGCCGAGGGCAAGGGAAAGGCUGAGGCGGAGGGCGGGAGCGAUGUCGACCCGUCGGCCAGUGACGACGCCGGGAUGGACGGCGCCGAGAAGGUCACCGCCGGGACGGACGAUGCCAUUCACAACAAUGCCGUUUAUGAUGAGCCCGUCAACGACGAUGCUAUCAACAAUGACGCCGAGCAGGGUAAUGCCGUUAAUAACAACGCUGAGAAUAGUAAUGCCGACAAGGACGAAGCCGUGCAUGGCGACGUCGUGGUGGAGAAUACCGACAACGUCAACGCUGAGGGCGACAACGCCGUGCAUGGCGACGUCGUGGUUGAUACUACCGAGAACGUCAACGCUGAGAGCGACAACGCCGUCACUGACAACGCCGAGAAGGACCAAGCCGAUAAUGGCGACGUCGUGGUUGAUGAUAUCGAGAAGAUCAAUGCCGAGGACGACAACGCCGUCAACGACAACAGUAUCGUCAAUGACAACGCCGUCAUCGAUAACGCUGCUAGUACCAAUGCCAUCAACGAGAAUGCCGCCGACGACAAUACGGUCAACGAGAAUGCGGUCAACGACAAUGCUAUCAACGACAAUGCUAUCAACGACAAUACGGUCAACGAGAAUGCGGUCAACGAGAAUGCUGUCGGCGACAAUAUGGUCAACGAGAACGGCGUCAACGAGAACAGCGUCAACGAGAAUGCGGUCAACGAGAAUGCCAUCAACGACUAUACGGUCAAUGAGAACGCUGUCAACGACAAUGCGGUCAACGACAAUGCUAUCAACGAUAAUACGGUCAAUGAGAACGCCGUCAACGAUAACGCCGUCAACGACAAUACUGUCAACGAGAACUCCGUCAACGAGAAUGCCGUGAACGAAAAUACGGUCAACGAGAAUACGGUCAACGAGAAUGCUAUCAACGACAACGCUAUCAACGACAAUACGGUCAACGAGAAUGCCAUCAACGACAAUACGGUCAACGAGAACGCCGUCAACGAAAACGGCGUCAACGACAAUACGGCCAACGAGAAUGCCAUCAACGACAAUACGGUCAACGAGAACGCCGUCAACGAUAACGGCGUCAACGACAAUGUCGUCAACGAGAAUGCUGUCAACGACAACGUCGUCAACGAGCAUGCUGUCAACCACAAUACGGUCAACGAGAACGGCGUCUAUGAGAACGGCGUCUACGAGAAUGCCGUCAACGACAAUGCCAUAAACGACUAUGCGGUCAAUGAAAACGCCGUCAACGACAACGCCGUCAACGACAACGCCGUCAACGAAAACGCCGCCAAUGACUACGCCGUCAACAACGUCGUUCAUGAAAACGCCGAGGAGACCGACGAUACCCGGCUCCCGCCCCAGAUUCGGGUCGUCGUCCUCAACGACAUGAACCUCGACACGCCCGCCAAGAGCCAGAAGUUGCAGGAUGCGACUUACAAGUUCAUCAACGCCAUCAUCUCCACCUCGGCCCAGGUCGGCAAGAAGGGUCUCUUCACCCUCGUCCUGACACACAUUCCCCUUUACAAGCGCGAGGGUGUCUGCGUCGACGCCCCCUUUUUUGACUUUCACACGCACGAGGACGGAGGAGGCGUCAAGGAGCAGUACUUGCUGAGCUCCGACGCCAGCAAGGGAUUCCUCGAGGGCAUCUACGGCGUCAGCGGGGACCCGACCGCACCGGGCCUUGGCCUGGGGCGCAGCGGCCUCGUCAUCAAUGGCCAUGACCACGAGGGCUGCGACACCUACCACUUCAUCAACCAGACCAACGGCACGACCGCCAGCGAGCGCUCCUGGGAGGCCGUGCGGUGGCGGGAUGCCCAAACCAGCAACCUGCUGGGUCAGCACAUGAUCCCCGGCCGGCGCGAGAUCACCGUCCGCAGCAUGAUGGGCGACUACGGCGGCAACGCGGGCCUGCUCAGCAUGUGGUUCAACCAGACCACCUGGGAGUGGGAGUACGAGUACGUCGACUGCCCGCUGGGGCGCCAGCACUUCUGGUGGCUUACCCACUUCCUCGUCCUCGGCGUAUUCUUGCUCGCCAUCCUCUACGCCGCCAUCACGGCGCUCGAGGCCAAGGGCUUCGACGUCGACGCCUCCGUCUUCCGAGCCGUUCGCUGGCUUCGAAACGGCCUCGAAGAGUUGAGCCGAAGGCGCAUUGAGGUGCGCAUUCGCGUCGUUGAGCGACAGUCCAAGGGAGGGAGCCGGCCGAAGAAGGGAAGCUCGCCGAAGAAGGGCGAUUCGACGGAGAAGGGCAGUUCGACAAAGGAGGGCAGUUCGUCCAAAAGAGGCAAGCCGUCCAAGGGGGCCAGGUCGACCAAGGAGGGGAGCCUGCCCAAAGAGGAGAGCUCGUCCAAGGAAGGGAGCUCGUUCAAAGGGGGCAACCUGCCCAAGGGGAGAGUGGUCCAGAUCAAGAGCGAGGGAGGGGCAACAGAAGCAGGCUCCUUUGUUUCUUGCCGUCGCAUGGACGGCAUCUCUGACGCAGAUGCAAGCGAUGCAGUACGGCAGCUCGAGUGCGUCCUUGGUGUCACGCGCGGACGUAUCGCCGAGGGCCUCGCGAUCAGGUCGUCGUACCACCCGCCACCCGUCUCGCCUGUCAAGAAUCCCCAACCAAGAGACGAGGCCGAGGCGCCUGUGGACGCUGUCUGA